UGAAAUUUGUUGGCAACCUUGCAAGGCCUCACCGUUCACCGCUUACUUUCAUUGUCGCUACAGGUCAUGUCAAUCUCAGCGUUGAAACCGAACGGCUUGCCGUUGCCAAUGCGUGGGCUGUCUGCGCGGCUUUACUCGACCCACAAGGGCGAAGUAUCAAAUUCCGACCCACAAAAAGACAUCAUCCGCCGUUACUUGUACCCACCGAAUAUCCGCAACAAAGCAUCUCCUACUGGUACAUGGCGCCCAGAUGUCGCACGCGCUCUCCAGCGGGCCAUUCCCUCUGUGCAAGCGCACGAGACCAUUGAGCGCGCUUGGCUCCUUCAUCAAAGACACCUACGCAAGAAACGGGAGGCGGAGCUACAGCGCAAAUUCGAGUGCAUGAGACAGGCAAUGCAGGAACUGGAGGAGAUUGACCCGAGGCUGUUCAGGGAAGCGAACAAGCAAGAGGAUCCAAGAGCGAGGAGCUUGGCUGAGGUGGAGGCUAUGAAGAGUAUGUCUGAACCGGAGAAGCGAGCAGUCGAGUCCAGAGUGAGGGGUUUGUUCCCUAGAGAACUUCGCAUACCAACAGAUACACCGCCAAAGAACGGCUGGCCUAAUGAAUGGAGAGCAUUCCAAAGGCCAUCGGCAUGAUCACAGUUUCAUUGUUAUCCAGAGGUGCAUACGUAGAGGAUCUACAAUCGGACUUUGUUUGUUGAGGCCUCAUAAUGUGUUAGAUAUUGGCCGACAACCGC